AUGGCUCGAGUCCUCCUCACUGGCGGCAACGGAUUUCUUGCAAGCCAUAUUCUUGAUCUCCUCUUGGCGCGAGGACAAUCAGUGGUGACUACUGUCCGUAGUCAUGAGAAGGCGGAGCAGAUCCGCGAACGCCAUCCAUAUGCAUCUACCACUCAGCUAGGAGUUAUCAUCGUUCCUGACUUUAUAAGCGCUGGUGCUUUUGAUGAAUGCUUCAAAUCCGAUGCGUCCUUUGAUGUGGUCAUGCACACUGCGUCUCCUUUUCGCUACUCCAUAACUGAUAUUCAGGGAGAGCUCUUGGAUCCUGCAAUCAUUGGGACUAUUGCAUUGCUGGAAGCAAUUCGGAAGAAUGCACCAUCUAUCAAGAAAGUGCGGAUCCGUAAUUUUAUGGUAGGCGAAUAUAAAGCUGAAAUCCCAGACACAGGGACAUCGUUCUUCCUCUGGGUAGAUGUCCGUGAUGCUGCUUUGGCGCAUAUAAGAGCGAUGGAAGCUUUAGGGGCCGUGAACCAGAGAUUCUUAUUGACUGCUGGUUACUUCUCCAACAAGGAGAUCUGUGAAGUGAUCCGAGGAUCCUUCCCUGAGUACAGACCGCAACUCCCAGAACAAAACACGGGCGGUGGUGGGUAUCCGAACAAAGGACUUUACGGUUUUGACAACUCCCGAGCGACCAAGAAGCUUGGCUUGACGUAUCGAACCUUGUCCGCAAGCAUUACUGACACUGUGAUGUCGUUACAAAAAUUGCAAAACUGGGAGAAAAUUACUGCAUAG